CAUUCCAAUAUAUAUUGCCAAAUUGUACUUUGAAACACCACAACAAAAUCUAAAAUUUCUAUGUUAUGUGGAGUUGAUGAAUGGAGUGUCCAUGAGUACUAUGCAACUUUUAGUUGUGGCUAUUCUGCUACAAUGUUGCUUCAUACCCACUUUUCAACACCCACUAGACCCUCUUACACCUAGUGAAAUCAACCAAGUUAACCUCAUAAUCCAAAACUCUCACCUUGGUUCUGCUAUUUCUAGCUUGACUUUUCACUUUGUUGAUCUAGAAGAACCAGAGAAAGUAGAUGUUCUCAAAUGGCUAUCUUCCAAUGAACACAAUGGGUCUUUCCCUCAUCGUCGAGCCAAGGUGGUGGUUCGAGCCAGGGGUGAGACCCAUGAGCUCAUUGUAGACUUAGCCACCGGUUCAAUCAUAUCAGACCAUGUUUACAAUGGUCAUGGUUUUCCCCCAUUCACUUCCAAAGAGUUCGUCCAAGCCAGCAUAAUAUCUCAAAUGCACCCUGAGUUUAAAGAAUCAAUUUUGAGAAGGCAGCUAAAUUUGUCUGAAAUCACGUGCCUACCGUUGACAAUUGGUUGGUUCGGAGAAUUGGUUACCAAACGAGUUCUUAGAGUUUUCUGCUUCUAUCGUGGAGGAACGACUAACAUUUUUGCAAGGCCUAUUGAAGGGAUAAGUAUACUAGUUGAUGUCGAGUCAAAUCAAGUUAUCAAAUAUACAGAUAGAUUUAAAGCCCCUUUGCCUAGAGCCGAUGGUACUGAUUUUCGGUCAUCAGGGCAGGAACCUAAUUUGGGCCCUUCCAAUGGAACGAAAACCGGGUUCACCAUCAAAGGCCACGAGGUCAGAUGGGCUAAUUGGGCUUUCCAUGUCGCUUUCAAUGCCCGGGCGGGGCUAAUCAUAUCAACAGCUUCUAUAUUCGAUGCUGGAAAUAAAAAGUGGCGGCGUGUGCUUUACAGAGGACACGUUUCAGAAACAUUUAUACCGUACAUGGAUCCAACUAGUGAAUGGUACUUUAGGACCUUUAUGGAUGCUGGUGAAUUUGGGCUCGGUAAUUCGGCUUACUCCCUCAUGCCACUGAUUGACUGCCCUGGCAACGCAGCGUAUAUGGAUGGGUACUUGGCUGGGGCAGACGGGCAGGCACAGCAGGUGGCUAGGGUAAUUUGCAUUUUUGAGAGAUAUUCUGGUGAUGUGGCAUGGAGACAUACUGAAGUUGGUGUUCCCGGACAAUUGUUAAAAAGUGGAAAGACAGAGGUUAGUUUGGUGGUCAGGAUGGUGGCUACUGUUGGAAACUAUGACUAUAUUCUUGAUUGGGAAUUCAAGCAAAGUGGUUCCAUUAAAGUUGGGGUAAGUUUGACAGGGGUGCUAGAGGUGGAGGCAACUUGGUACGCACACAAUGGUCCCAAAACAGAGGAUGUAUAUGGUACCUUUGUAGCCGAUAACACCAUUGCAAUCCAUCACGAUCACUUCCUCACUUACUACCUCGACCUCGACAUCGAUGGUACAAAUAAUUCAUUUGUCAGAUCAAAAUUAAAGACCGCUCGAGCGGUGGGGAUUGAGCCGAGCACGCCUCGAAAGAGUUACUGGACCGUGGUUCGAGAAGCUGUCGAGUCGGAAGCGAAAGCCAGAACUCGGCUUGGCUUGGAGCCAGCUGAGUUGUUAAUAGUGAAUCCGAAUAAGAUGACCAAGCUGGGGAAUCAGGUGGGUUACGGGCUGAUCACUGGACAACCGGUUACUUCGCUAUUGUCUGACGAUGAUUAUCCCCAAAUUCGGGCUGCCUACACAAAAUAUCAACUGUGGGUGACCCCUUAUGACCGGUUGGAGAGGUGGGCUGGAGGGUUUUAUGCUGAUCGGAGCCAUGGCGACGAUGACCUAGCUGUUUGGUGCCAAAGAAAUAGGCCGAUUGCGAACAAGGAUAUAGUCCUUUGGUACACAGUUGGGUUCCAUCAUGUUCCGACCCAAGAAGAUUUUCCGGUGAUGCCAACACUUUCUGGUGGAUUUGAGCUCCGGCCGUCAAAUUUUUUUGAAAGAAACCCAUUGAUCAAACAGUAGUAGUGUUCAAGAGGUUAAAUUUCCCUAGUGCAAGAAAAUUACUAGUCAGUGUAGGAAAAUUUUACAUUUUUCUUGUAUUGCAUGAGGUAAGGCUCAUUAUGUCACUCCCUCAGUUCUGAAUUAUUAAUAGAACUCUCCUCGCGAUGCCAAGGUUUAACA